UAGGGCUGCGGGACUACCUGCCAACUUGCCGAUUUAUAUAGCUCGAGGCGUUUUAGUCGAGACAGUUGCACAGUCGAUGAUAGUUACUGUUCGACAAUCGUCAUGAAGGGAGUUGUGAUUUUUCUGCAGGUUUUAUUACUUAUUGUAGACGCAUCGUGUGACAACGAAGAAAACACACUCGACGCAGGUAAAUAUAAAUAUGGAUCAUCGAUUAGAAAAAAAAUAAAUAUAAAACGUUAUUUUGUAAAUAUUAUUAAUCCUAUACAUAACUACUUAUAUAGACUUUAACAGUCCGCGAAAAACACGAUGUCCCCAUUCCAUCAAAACGUUAAACAGUAACAAUAUUAUCCAACAAAGCCAACAAACACAGAAUGACGCCGUAGACGAAUCAGAUUUCGACAGAAACCCCGCAAAAAUACCGUAAUCAAACAUUUUUUUUUCCUGUAAUAUCAUUCCUUUAAUCGUGUUUAAUAUGUUAUUUGUAUUGUUUUUAGAUCACUGAUGGACGAGUCGACAUCAAUUGGACGUUUACAACCAUCCGAUAUCGAUCUCGCGGACAGAUGUUUUCCGAAGCCUAACUGCAAUCCUUCCGCUCGGUUCAGAACCAUAGAUGGCGGUUGUAACAAUUUAAUAUUUCCAGUUUGGGGACAAAUAAACGGGGCCAACUCGAGGAUUAUUCAAGCGAGCUACUCGGACGGUACCUCCUUACACCUAUUAUAGAUAUAUUCAGGGUUGGACAGUAUCUUAAAUACAAUAGUAUCUUAUAUCGAAAUUGCGAUACUGAAAUCAAUUAUGUAUCGAGUAUAUUGAUCGGGGCCAUUUUAAAGGGGGGGGGGGUAUGAAAGAAUAUGGCCCGGAACGCCAAACCUUUUUAAAACUAUUUGACGCCCGGCUCAAUAUAAAACUCGAAAUAAAAUGAAUAACAUCACUAUUACUAUUUCACUUGUUAUUUGUUUUAUUUUCAAACGCUUUUCUUAGAUUAAAAAUUAAUAUUUUUUGGUAAUAAGAAGAUCGUAAAAACAACCUAACGUAAUGUGUGUACCAAGGAAAAAAACUAGGAGUAAUGAGAAGUUUUAUUUGGUGGAGGUAAAAUGUUGAAGUAUUAAUAUAAAUUUAAUACAUUUGUAAAAAUAAAACAACAAACUUGGGAAAAAUUAGCCUCCCCCCAAUCAUUACCCAAGUAAAACCUUAAAAAGGGACGUUUAAAAAUCGAUGCCUCUGAACGCCAAAUGACUUAACAAGACUUUAAACUAGAUAUACAUAUUGAAGUAUUUUCCCCAUGUUCUCCGAUAAAGAAUGCAAAUUGUCCUUCCCUGGCUUUUCGAAAAAAAAAUUAAAAUUGUAAAGUUAUUGCACGGAAAAAGAAGGAAUUGUUGUGGAUUUCAAAUAAUGUUUCAAAAAAAAACUACCGCAUUCUGCAAGAUAUUACAUUCGUGAAAAAUAUAUUCCAUUUUUUAAUUUUAAUGUACGAGUAUAUCCAGUGUCAUAUUUAUACAAAGACAAAUGGGACAUUUGCACUGGACCCACUUAAAAGAGGGGCCUACCGACUACAGGCAUACAAAAUUAAUUGCAUAGGUUUUUUUCAUACUUUGGGAAAACAAACAUAUGCACAAUUAAUUAACAAAGAUAAGGGUUAAAAAUGUAGGUACUAUAUAAUAAUCAUGAAAUUCUUAUUUUAUUGUAUUGUCUAUAAAUUAGUGAUGGGAGUCUGAAAAUCCAGAUUUUCACAAAAAAACCAGCAAUUUAAGCCAUUUAAAAAUCAUAUAAGUGUGAAAUAUUUGUACAGUAUAAAGCUUUGUACUUAAGUAAAAUAGUUUUUAUGAAAAUGUAAAAAUAAAACUGCUUUUGGAUUUUGGAUUUGUUGAAAUCCAAAAAUCCAGAAUCUGAAACCCGAAAACAUUUUAUAGGUAAAGUUUACAGUUUUUUUUUUUCCGAAUAUGUAUCCAAACAUUUAACUUAAAUACACAGCUUUAUAUUGUAAUAAUAUUUAAUAUUUAUAAGAAUUUCUUGUGACUUAAAUAGAGUUUUCUUUUUUGAAAAUUCCGGAUUUUCGGAUUCCCGUCACUAAUGUAAAUGUAAAAAUAUUAUUAUAUUAGUAUACAGUGAAUGUGAUAAAUCGCACCUGCUACGUAAAUAGGCACAGUACUAAGAAUAAGUCAAUAAUAGUUAUUUGAAUAACUGCUGAUUACAACCCAAACGGGUAUGGUGGAUUUGAACUUUACUGGGAUAUUUUGAUGGGUUCUAAAGUAUAAUGGGUUUUCCCCGAAAACGACGGCCUUAACAACAUUGCGAAUACGAAAAUUGAAUUGCCAUUGUUAUCGCAGUAAUAUUAUCGUCGUAAUAACUAAUAUUACUAUUGACGUUAUUGUCUUGCACUGUUGUGUGGUGCAUCUCCCUUCCGCGAAAUACGUCAGUCGUAUUUAUAUUUUAUUGUACAUCUAUUGUCAUUUGCUAAUUAUUUUUAAUAAUUUAGAAUUCCAAAAAAAUACUUAAGUGGUUUAAUGAAGAGAAAGUUAAAGGACAAACGAGAUAAAGAAACAAAAAAACUACACAAUAGUUCAGUUAUAGUACAGUUUUUAAUUUUUGGUGAACAUUUUUGAUGGUUGAAAGUUUUGUUAAAGUAUGGUCUUUUAUUUUCUACGAUUUUUUUUUUUUUGCAAAUGUGGAUGUUUCCGAUUGUGUUUAUUCUAUUACGAUAUUUAAUCGGUUAUUAGUCAGGGCACAUGACAAGGAUUUUCUUUUCAAGUUUCAACCAUCAAACAUUUUCUAAAUAUUCAAUUUUACAAAAUUACUGUUUUUAAAUUUCUUUAAAUAAAUUACAAUAACAUUUUUUAUUUUAAGUCCCCCUCCCCUUAAAAAAAAAUGUUCAUAUAUAAACUGUAUAGCGCAGAGGCAUAUCAAUUAUUUAAACAAAUAUAUAUCAAAAAUAUUGAAUAGAACAAAAGUUAUUUAAAGUGGCAGAUUACCGUGGGACACUCUGUAUAACUUGUAUGAGUCACUGAUUACAUGCAACAUUAAUUUAAAAAAAUAUUAUGCAUAGGUACAUAUUAUUUUAGCACUGAAGAAAAUAGAGAUGAACAAUUUGGAGCCCAAAAUUGUAAAUUGUACUGCGUCCAUGAAUUGGUAAAUCAGCCCCUAAGUAUAUCGUAUAUAAAUACAUAAAAUAUAUUGUGUAUCUUGUAUUGCACUACAAGUUACAUAAAUAUCUAGUAUCGUAUAUAUAGAUACAAAAAAUCAAUAUAUCAAGUAUCUCGAUACUCAUUUUUAAGUGUUUUGCCCAUCCUUGGAUAUACUUGAAUAAAAAAUGCCUAUGUACUUAGAUUUUUAUGAUAACACAAUGAUUUCCAAUGAUGAUAAAUAAUAAUACAUAUCCAGGUAAUAGACAACCCAGAAAAGCAGUAUCCGGACGGGAAUUGCCAAAUGCACGACACAUAAGACGAACAAUUUUCCAAGACAUCGAUAAGCCAACAAUUAAACAUAAUUUAUUCAUCAUGCAGUUUGGCCAAAUGAUUGCGCACGAUACGGAAUUGACUGUUUCUAAAACUUCAAGUAAUAUACAGUGUAUAUAUUGAUGUAAUAUUGAUAUAUUGAUAUACAGUGUAAACUUUUUCAAACCUAGAUUACAGAUAAUAUUAUUAUAGAUCAUUUAAUUCAAAAAAGAUCAAAAUGUGUUAAUCACAGUUGUUUAACACGAUAAAGAUUAAAAUAAUAAUUUUCUUUAGAGAGAAAUAAGAAUGACACGGUACAGGGAAUUUAACGACGAAAAACGAUAACUGUUGCGAAUAUCGUAUUCUAAUUAAAUUUAUGAUUUUCUUAUUUUCCUAUUAAAUCAAAUAUUUCUAGUACAAUAGCACCUCUAAUAUUAUUUAAAUUUUAAAAGUGUGGAAAAUGUAAUAACUAAUUUAAAAAAUAACGUUCAAAUUUUAAUCUGACUUAAUCUUCCUUUAGAAUAUUGAUGACAUUAUUUUUUUUUACCCAACAAAACAAAUCUCAAAACACAGGAACAAAUAGUUACGAAAUAAUAUACCUAUGUAAUCAUAAUAUAUGCAUAUGCGUAUAUUGUGUGUGUGUACCCAUACCAACAAUUUUUUAAAUUACAAAAAUUGAUUAUUCGUUUGAUAUUGUCAACAAAUAUAUUUUUGGUACCGGGCAAAUAUAUAGUGCUACAAUCAAUUUUGUAUAGUUUUCAAUAUCAGCAAAUUGAAUUUUGAAAAUAUAUACACUUAUGCAAUUUAUAUGAGAAAAUAAAGGGAAUAAAUUACAUUAAAUAAAAUUAUAUGAAAAAAAAAAAUUGCCAACAAUUACCUUAGCACUUCGGGGCCGAAAAUCCCAAACGUUAUACACGUCCAAUAUAUUUUAUACUAUAAUAUUCAUAAGGAAAUGGUGUUGGAACUGGUAAUGAUGUUCCGUUAGAAUGUUGCAAUUCGGAUGGCUCAACUCCAAAAAAUUUGCCAAAAGAUUGUCUUCAAAUAACGAUUCCAAGAGAUGAUCCUGCAGCUGGAAAAAAACGAUGUUUCUCGUCUCCGCGAGCCGCUGACACAUCGGACUUAGGCUGUUCGAUCAAACCAGUCAGACAAGUGAGUAAAACAUUACCUUGUUAUAAUAAAACUAUCAGUAUUUAGAUAUAAGACUAUGUAUAGACUAUAAAAUAUAGUUAAUAUAAUUUUCUAAUAUCAAUAGUUAAAAUUAUUAUAAAAAUAAGUACAUUUUAUAACAUAAUUGGUCGAGAAAAAAAAGGAUUUUCCAUUUUUGUAAUAAAUUCACUUAGUCCAAAGAAAAUGGUAAGAUUUCAUAAAUUCUUUAAAUUUUGACAAUUUCAAAAGAGCUAAGUUAUUAACUGGUUAGGCUUAGGAUAUAUACCUACUCAUUAUUCAUUACCCAUCAUACAUCUCCAAUAAUGUUAUUAAUUUUUUAAAGACAGGCGAUUUAUUUAAUGAGUAUUAAAUUAAAUUAUAAAGUAUUAAUUAGGUAGUGUAUUUACUACUCACUCUGUUAACGUACCCGGACUAACAUUUAUACCAAUAAAAUAUUUUUAAAAAGCUAAUACUGGGGAUGGGAGCGGCCACUGUUAUAGGUGAGAAAUUAGGAAGGUAGGAUAAGGAAGGUUAUUUCAUUUAUAUCUGUAAGCAACGAUAAAUCAUAGCUUGACGGAAGACAAUUCCGAGCGCAUUUUGGCAAUACAUAAUUUAAUGUUCCGUAAUUUUGUUUGCGAUUUUCGUUUAAAUUUGAUUUAAAAACACUUAUUAAAAAAAAAAGUCUUUCAGUGAUUUUAAAAAUUUUACCACGUCUAGGUGAGUCCAAUAUAAUUAUUAUUACCAAGUUUCAAUUCUCUACAUGUAUUUAUAACUGAAUUACAACAACAAACUCCCAAAAAUUUAAAUUCCUUAAAUGCUCAAAAGUUUUAACGAUGAUACCGUAAGAAAGUAAACUAAAGAGACAACAAAAAAGGUGUUUCGAUUAAAUCAUUUUUUUGGUAAAAAAACGUCGUUCUUGUUUUCAUAAAAUAAUGAAAUCGUCAAAUUGUACAUUUAAAAAGGGGACGGUAGUAUUCGGAACCACACACAAAUAAAUGAGUACACUCGCUGAUAAAUAGUGUAGGUUUUUUGUUCUGUAAAUAGAAUAAGUAAUAAAUGAGAAGUAACCCUUUAAUAUUAUACUAUCGAAUCUAAAUUAUUACAAUUUUUUUUUUUUAAGUUAAGGCGUUUUAUGUUUUAUUAGAUAGAUCAUUCAAUUAAAAUGUUUAAAAAAUCAUAACAAUGACAUUUGCCUUCUCUCUCAUUCUAAUGAGCAAUAUAUAUAGCAAAAUAAAUAAAAAAAAAGCCAACCUGAUCUUUAAAAUCAUUUUUAGAGAUUAAACCUUCAUAAUAAAAUUUGUAGAUAACAACAUUUCGAAAACAGUCUCUUCAGUAAUUCAUAAUAACUAAAUAAUUCUUUGAGUAUUCGAUUCAUUAUUAAAAGUACAAAAAAUCGUAUUUUACAUUUUUUUAUUUUAAAUAACUGUAACUAUUAUUCCUAUGCCGUUAAUAUUUUAUAUUUUAAAAAAACACUCAUGAAACUGCGUUUAAAAAUUUGUAAUAUUCGAAUUUUUAAUGUAGGUUUUAGAUUCUGAGUGAAGUAAAGAAGCUUAUAGUUUUACAAAAAUGUUUAUUUUUUUUUUCUGCAGAAAAUUUUUCUACCAGAGAUCUUGCUCCGAUUUUUAAGUGUAGCACUUUUUCUGAUAGGAAAUAUGAAUAUAAAGUUACUUUAAAGAGUUCAUUUUUUUGAUUUUCCCAGUUUUCUCAAUAAAUGUGAAAAACCGAAAAAAAAUUGAAGAAAAACGGAAAUAAACGUAGGUAAACGGGAAAAAUGUAGGAAAAACGAGAAAAUCAGUACAAAAUUAAACAAAUAUUAUUAAAGAAAAUAUAUAAAGUCUAUUUAAUUAUUUUACUAUAAAAUAACAUUGUUGACAAAGCAUCAUUAUAGACUGAUCUCCACUCAAAAUCGUUAAUUCGUUUACAAUGGUUUAUCGUUGCUUACAGGUAUACAUUAAAUUAUCUUUGACAGUGGCUGCACCCGUCUCUAUUAUCCUAGGAUGUCUUUAUAAUACUGCACAUUUUAAAGUUUUUUGCAUUUGUUUUACAUGGCGCAUUUUUAUUACAUUACCUGUUGUAAAGACAGAAGUGAUAAAUUCUACUAGGUGGCCUCUUAAUUAGGUAUCAUAAUAUCCCUUUUUUUCCGCAUGCAUAAUGUGUGAUAUUUGAUUGCAAAUAAAUUGUUUUAUUACAUUUCAGCAAAUAGCAGUGACCAGUUUUAUUGACGCUUCGUUGGUAUACGGAUCGGACAAUAACACAGCGAACUCUUUAAGAAGAUUUAUUAAUGGCAAGCUCAGAAAACAGGUGGGAUCUAAAGGAAAUUCGUUCUUGCCCAAUGUCAAAAAAGCAUCAAAAGUCUGUAAUGUGCUCAGUGAUACCACGGUGUGCUAUGCAUCCGGUAAGUAAUUUAUAUGCAAAUAUAAACCAUUACUGCAGUAAUUAUUACAAUUGAAAUACAAACUGUUUAGUCUAUUAUUUUUUUAUGAAUACAAUUUAAGUUCUUUAUAAUUAAUCACCGAGUAAUUACACAAAGAAAAAAAUUAUCAUCGCUGAUAAAAAAAUAAAAACAUCCGCUAUAUAAAUAAUAAAAACAUAUUCAUUAAACAAGUAUUUUUUAAUCUUUUUAUGUGCAUUUUCAUAGAAUAUUUAACAUAUUUAAAAAAAAAAUAAACACCUAAUCAAAAUUUGUUUUUAAACAAGUAUCACGUUUUAAUGCGUGUUUUUUUUUUUAUCAUAGACCAGAAACCUUCUAAGUCGAUUUUUCGUAUUUAUAAUUAUUUUUUUAUCAAUGAAAUUUGAAUAUGAAUUAAAAUUAUUUACAAAAAUCGAUUUUUUUUUUUUUUGUUGUUGUUUUAUUUUAUGAAUAAGAAACCGUAUUGAACACAUUUAAUUGUCUUUUAUUGCGAAUCAAAGUGAAUCGUUACAAUAAGUCAUACUUAUCUGCAAAUCAAUUUCACUAUUAUUAAUUUUUUCAAAAAGUUGUUUUUAUUAUACUUACAAUGUGUUGUUUUGUAUUAUAAAGGUGAUGAGAGAGUUAACCAACAUCCUGAUAUGGCUGUUCAAACAAUAUCCCUAUUAAGACUACACAACACGUUAUGCGACGAACUCGUAAGAAUAAAUCCUUCGUGGGACGACGAGCGUUUAUAUCAGGAAGCCAGGAAAAUAGUUAUCGGAAUGUAUCAACAUGUUACGUACAAUGAAUUCUUGCCGGAAAUAAUAGGUUAAAAUACAAGUAUUAUAAUAAUUCGAGAAGUAACCGAGAUUCCAUUUUUGUUUAAUUAUUUAUGAAUUGUUAAAUCCAUUUUCAUCAAUAUAAUAUCCUAACUCAAAGGCGUAAUCAUGAUAGGUGGAUUAGAGGGCUAUAGGCUUAAACACCACAGAAUUUAAGUACCUAUUUAAUGGAGUUGAAAUUCUGAAAUUUGAAAUUAUAAUUAUCGUAAGACCGAGUAGGUACAUAUACGAAUAACGCAGUAUGACCAAAUAAUUACGACAUAGGUAUUUGAAUAUCAUUUUCGAUUCUUACUUCUUAGCAUAGCGGGAAAUGUAUAGGUUUUAUUAAGAUAUUAUUUUUUUUAAAAAAUCAUAAAAAUUACUGUAUUUCAAAGCAUGUACAACCAAACUUAGUUCAGAAUUGUUUUUCGUUAACAAUGGUUUACCGUUUCGUAAAUAUAUAUAAAUUAAAGCACUUUAUGUUUCCUAUACUUUCCCAACGGUUUUUCAAAUUUGCCGUCUAUGAACAAGGUUUCUACCAGAACUCUUGUUCCGAUCAAAAAUGACAUAGGAUAUUUUUGUUUCAUAAUCGUUAUAUCUAGUUGAUGCAUUGUAUGAUUUUCCAAACUGUCAUAAAAAUAGAGAAAAACCUAGGAAAAAUGUAAAGGAAACAUUGCCAAAUUCAAGUGUAGUAUCUUUUCUGGAAAAAAAUUUGGUCUAGUAUAAAAAAGUGUAUGAAAGUUUGUUUUUUUUCAUUUUAGUUUUCUUAAUUGGAGAAAACGGGAAAAACGUAAGAUUGACGGGAAUGUUUGCGGCAUAUCGGUUACAAUAUUUUCAAUUUUGUCUUUUGUUUUAAUCCAGUUAAAAAUAAUCGUAAAAACCUAAAUUUUCACAGAAUACUUAUAUUAGUACUUUCUAGACAUAGUCAAAUUUUCAAAACGUUCUGAGGUAUUUCCAUGCAUUUGAAAUUUUCAAGUUUUUUAGUUUUUAUUUGUAAGCACUUAGUGAAUAAAAUUGUCUGACCUAACAGAAAUACUGGAAAAUUUUCUAAGUGGUACUAAGUGGUAAAAAAAAAAAGUUGAGUAUACUAUAAUAGUUUUUUAAAGCGUUUUUGGAUCAAAUUUUGACAAAAAUUGAAAAAAAUUACGGAAUUUCAAAACGUGCAUAUACGAACUUCGCUUAGAAUCGAUCGGUUUUUGUUUUUAUCGUUGCAUACAGAUAUAAAUUAAAUAACUUUUAAUAUAAAAAUAUAUAUAAGUAUAUAUGCAAAAUAAAUAAAUAAAUUAUUAGAAAAAGAACAGCAAGAGCAAAGUAUGGAGUGUAUUGCCUGGAGUAUAUUAUUAUAUAUUAUACACACAACUUUAAUAACACUCCAGGCUUUGUAUUAUUAUUUUUCUUAAAAUGUAUUUAUUUGUUUUUCAUUAUUUACCUAUGUCCUAUACAUUAUAUAUUUAUGUUUUACUUUAUUCAUAUUUUAUAUUUUAUUGAGUAUUAAUCUAAAAAAACAUGUAUCCUAUCCAACUUCCCGAAAUUGGUUAGAAUAUAUAUAACCACCUUCCCCUAGGUUGUGAAUGAAAAGCUAACCUAAUAUAUACAUAAUUAUUAUUAAUUUAAUCGCAGGAAAAGAUUAUGCCCGAGUAAACAAUCUACUGCCGCUAAAGGAAGGCUUCAACAAUAAUUACAAUGAAUUUUUGAACCCGACUACCCUAGCCAGUUUUACUGCCGCCGCGUUUAGAUCACUUCAUAGUUACAUACAAGGAUUUAUCGAGUAUUACAAGCUAAAAUAUUAUAAAGAAUUUUCUAAAUAGUUUUUUUUCCCCUCAUGAUUUCGAUUUAUAUAGUUAUGAUUUUCUUUUACAGAUUAAUGAAUGAAGCCCGACGAGUUACGUCAAGAAUACGCUUGAGUGAUUUCUAUUUUAAAACCGAUAUAGUCCAAAGAAAUGACAAUUUCGACGCAUUCACUAGGGGAUUGCUCACUCAACGCGCCCAAGAACAAGACCAAUUUUUUACCGAGGAGGUAGGUAUUAAAAGAAAAUGUAAAUUCAUUCACUCGAAACAAAUAAAAUAAUAAUUUUUAAUAACUUACAACUGGACGUAUUGGCGUUACUUGGUAUAGGUCUCUGAAUUUCUAUUCAGAGUCCCGAACAAAACAGAAGGCCUCGACUUGGUCAGUUUAGACUUGGAACGCGGUCGAGAUUUUGGAUUACCGUCUUACAAUAAAUUCAGGCAACUCUGCGGAUUGAACGAAGCUAAAACAUUUGAUGACUUAACCGAUCAAAUAAGUAAAAAAGUAAAUAAAUUUGUCAAUACAAUGUUGUACAAUAUUAAGGAACAUGUACAAAUUAAAAAAAAAAUUGUUUAUUUAAGAAUGUCGACGCCUUAUCCAAAUUAUACGAACACGUAGAAGACGUUGACUAUUACGCUGCUGGUCUCUUAGAAAAACGAAAACCGGGAUCUAUUUUGGGUCAUACGUUCCAGUGUAUUAUCGGAGAAAUGUUUUUCAGAUGGAAGUUCGGCGACAGAUUUUUUUACGAAUUCGGCAACCAACCGGGUUCCUUCAGUUUAGGUACAUAUCUAAAUAAUAUUAUGACUUUCAAUAACUAUCUAUAGAGAAUCUCGAAAUUCGAUGAUAACGAAACCUAUUGUUGUUGUACAUAUUAUAUAGAUCAACUUCAGGAAAUACGAAAGACGACGUUGGCACAAAUCGUGUGUAUGACAUCAGAUAUCCAAAAUACACAACGCAAAGCGUUUAAUAUACCAAGUAAUACGUAAGUAUAAAUCAUCAAAACAGAACAUAGCAUAAAAACGAUAGUAAUAUUUUCCUAGCAGAUUAUCAGUUAUUUAUGUGAAGUGAUGAUAACAAAUAACUUAAUUUAAUUUAAAAAUAAAUUUAUAUUAUAUUCAUUAGAUACGUUGCCAACUAUUAUCGUUUAUUUCGUUUUUUACACCAACAUAAUCAUACAAAUUAUUAACUAUUAUAUUUUGUAUCUGAAAUAAUCAAUUAGUAAGUUAAAAUCAUUUUUUUAAAAAAUUUUUUCCAGAAACCCUUUGGUGUCUUGCGGCUCUAUAGCAAAAAUCAAUUUAAAUGCUUGGAGAGAAUCAUAACCUAAUUAAAUAGUUCGUCUUUUUCAUACAGUGGAUCUACUAUUACAUUAUACAUAAUACAUAUUAUAUAAUUAAAAUAUUUGAUCAUUAAAAAAAAAAAUUAAGGUUAGUGUUUGAAUUUUAGCAAUGAGAAUUGUAAAUGAAAAUAUAUUACUUACUACUUACUAUUUGACUGUUAAUAUUUAAAUUUAAGAAUUAAAACUGAAUGAAAUAAGUAUAAUGAAAUACAUCAGGGGCGAAUUAAAUGACGACGAUGUUAUCUAACUGUGAUUUAUAGAGCUUAGCAAAGUCAUGCAAGUGUCAUGACGGACAAAUGUUUAGCCUCGUCGAAAAACAAAAAAAUGGAUUUAUAUUAAAGUUUUAAGUACUCAGUUCAUUCUAUUCGUUUCAAGAAAAAGAAAAAGAAGAUACGAUAUAUAGGUGAAUAAUUUUGAUAAUUUCGUUUGUUGAUUACUGUAGUCAGGGCUUUAUUUGGAAAUUUUGCGCCCCGAGGCAACAUAUUUUCACCUCCCCAAACCCCACUCCCUCCCGAAAAAAGCUAUUUCUUAAGGUGUAAGGUAUGACUAAUUUGUUAAAUACAAUUUUGGUCCACAGAAAAUUGAGUCAAUAACCAACACACCUAUUAUGCUGCUCUUACUAAUUAAAUAUUGGCAAAUUAAAAAUAUAUACAUUAUACACUAUAUA